GAAAAGGGGAGCGAUCCGCCAGAACAAAAUUUUCAUAUUGCUUCUCUCUCUUCCUCUCCGAUCAGAUCGGCCGCCUCUUGUCUGUAACAACGGGCCACUGAGAAUCUUUCCUUUAUUCCGUAUAUUUUCCGUCUCUUUAAUUUGUAUGUUAUGUUUAAAUUUUGAAAAUUUCUGUUCCGACCGUUGGUCAUUAGAUUUUUCCAUCAUUGGGGCAAAUUCUUGAUCUCGGUUUCGAUUGAAAGUCUCACAAAAUUUAUUGCAUUUGGGAUUUCUCGAUUCGGCCUGUUAUUUUUCUUCGCGCGAAUUGUGUUGGGGACGCAAUUUUUGCGUUACUUUUAUGAAAAUUUUGUGUUUGGGGAUUUUUGGUCUUAAUGGCAUCAGCCCAGGUGCUGCAAAACUCAGCCGCUUCAUCACGGAAACAAGAGCAUUUGGAAGCUGGAAAGCGCCGGCUAGAUGAGUUUCGUAAAAAGAAAGCAGCUAAGAAGGCUGCAUCUACUAGUCAAGUUCGCAAUUCUGAUGGCCAAAAUGGAAAACAACCUUCAGAAAAUGAACAUGUACGAGCUAACGAGUUAAACGGAGUUAGCACAUCUGAUGGAAUUGGUGGAACUGUUUAUGACACAUCAGCUGCUGUGACGAGCAAUGACAAAAGCCUGAAUUUAUUUACCCAAAGUAGUAAUCGCUCUGUAGCUGGUAUAACUAGUUCCGAAAGGGAUGAUCUUAAUUCUUUUCCUACUAUUCUGACGGAGUCGCAUGCAAAUAUUGAUGAAGCUAGUAGAUAUAAUGCUUCUGGUCUUACCGGAUCUAUAGAGUUUAGUCAAAAUGAAGGAAAUCAGGUGAAUGAUAUAUAUACAGUUCAUACUGGUGGAGUAGCAUAUGGGACUACAUAUCAUGAAAAUAUCACUCUCAAUUCACAAGAAAUUCAGCCGUUUGAUAGUAAUUCUAAUCUAUCUACUCUUCAUGGAAUGAAUCAAAGCCAAUCAACGAAGAGUAGCAGUUCAAUGAAUGAUUAUACCGUUGCAGAUCACUGGUCUUAUUUUUCGUCAAAAUUUUCACCUCAGAGUUCUGCUGAUACAAUACCACAGAUUAAGCCAAUUAAUUCUAGCACUGUAGAUAGUGGCUACAUGCAUGGUGCCCUCUAUGGAGGCCAUGGUGAUUCGUUGGGUUCUGAUUGGGGAAAGACCAUUACAAGCUCCGGUGGUGGUUUCCCUAAUCUGCUUGGUGCAACGAUGGAAAAGUUAGAUUCUACAGGUUCCAAUGCAGGGCAUUCACCCAAUCAUAUCCCAACCUAUUCAGUGCCUAUGGAAUCUAGUUCUAGGAGGUCUCGUCCAUCCUUUCUUGAUUCUCUAAAUGUUGCUAGACCUUCUUCAGGGGCUCCUUAUCUUCAACCUGAAAAAGAUUCCUCUUCCUCUAAUCAUCCAGAACCAGGCAUCGUUGGUACAUCAGGAUCCACCUAUUUUCCCAAUCUAUCCAUGGAGACCAAAACCAUGGUGCCUUUUUCAAAUUCUACACCUCCAAGUGUGCAAAGUCAAUUUGAUCAUUCAACAAGCUCCUCAAAUUUUAACAGUAAUAGUCAAGACAUUCUAAGUGGGAGUGUGAAGGAGAACAACGUGGAGAAGAAGCAUGAUAUAUUUGCUCCUACACAAAAUGAAGACUUUGCUGCUUUGGAACAGCAUAUUGAAGAUCUUACGCAAGAAAAAUUUUCUUUACAACGGGCUCUUGAGGCUUCACGAUCAUUGGCGGAGUCUUUAGCUGCUGAAAAUUCAUCUCUAACAGAUAACUAUAAUCAACAGAGAAGUAUUGUCAACCAAUUGAAAUCUGACAUGGAGAGGUUACAGGGAGAAAUCAAACUUCAUCUGAUUGAACUUGAGUCUGUCAGGAAUGAAUAUGCUAAUGCACAACUUGAGUGUAAUGCUGCUGAUGAACGUGCCAAGUUAUUGGCAUCUGAAGUGAUUGGUCUGGAGGAUAAGGCACUCAGAUUGAGGUCAAGUGAGCUAAAGCUUGAGAAGCAAUUGGAAAAUGCACAAGCUGAAAUUACUUCCUACAGAAAGAAAAUGUCCAGCCUGGAGACAGAUCGCCAUGAUCUGCAGUCAACCAUUAAUGUUCUUCAAGAGGAAAAAAAGCUGUUGCAGUCCAAGGUACGGAAGGCCUCUGGAAUUGGGAACUCUAUUGAAAAUUCAACUAAUAAAAAGGAUGUUUCUACAUCUACGGAAGACAUAGCAAGCACGGCUGUUGCUGCAACCUCUUCCAGUCAGGAGACGCAUGACUCAGCUACGGAUUACUCUGGUUUACCCUUCGUUCCUGAGGUCGGGCACUCAACUUUUGGAGCUUCUCCGGCAAAUAUUCCACCAGAUCAGACGAGACUGAUUGAGAACAUUAAUGCACUUAUUUCUGAGUUGGCGUUGGAGAAAGAAGAACUGCUGAAGGCUUUGGCAUCUGAAUCAUCUGAGUGUUCCAGAAUGAAGGAGCUAAACAAGGAUCUGUCCCGAAAACUUGAGGCCCAGACGCAAAGAUUGGAAUUUUUGACUGCUCAAAGCAUGGCUGGUGACCAUGCUCCAGCGAAACAACCAGACGUUCACACUACGUAUGACAAUGCCCCAUAUGCAGAUGAGGGUGAUGAGGUGGUGGAAAGGGUGUUAGGAUGGAUUAUGAAGCUGUUUCCUGGUGGGCCAGCGAAACGAAGAACCAGCAAACUCAAUUGAUAGAUUUGUUGCAACUUUUGUCAUCUCAUUCUACACCUUGGUAUUGUGAUAUCAACGCACAGAACCAGUAAUCGUUGAUCCAGAGUCUGCACCAAGAUACCUUUUUGUUUAUUGUCGCCUCCUCAACACAGCGGAGGCCGUGAUCUUGUAUAUUUUGAGUGGAGCAAUGCAUUCUUGAAGAAAGAUGUCCUUUCAGAGCUGCUUAUUGAUUGGUGAAUCCAAUUGCAUUUGUUUUGGGAAGAUAUGCAAUAAAAUCUGUCCUAUAGUUUGAUCUCUGAUUGAAUUCCAAGUUUCGUUCGUCUAAAUUGUGGGGAUGUAGAAGGGAGAAUGUUUAUGUACCCAAAAGCUUAGAGGGGAAAAGCAGAGAUAUGGGAAUAUUUGUCAAAUAUUCAAGUGACAUAUGUAAGACAGGUAUAUAAUAGAAACGUGUUUUCUUGCACUUGUCAU